UUUCGGAGAUUUGUCGAUCUACGCGUUGCGCCCUCCAUGACUAAUAAUAACCAAGUCGACUUAACCCAGUCAGGCAGAGAGGGUAGAGACACGGUGUGUGAUACUCGAUUCUGCAGCGUGAAAAAUGGCAUGGUUGUGCGCCCGUACUGUGCUCCAAACAUGUCGACGACCGAUUUCCUACAGUCUCGUGUGUUAUGAGAAACAAUUUGCCGAUCCGUUGGAUCAUGCCACUGGUUUGGAGAAGAAGGAGAUGCUCGCCCGUUUAGCCGGCAACGAUGAUCCCUAUAACAUGAGUAUAAAGCGAAGACCACAUAGCACGAAGGAGAAUCCCAACAUAGUUUACAGCUCAUUUGAGAGUCGUAUAAUGGGUUGUAUUUGCGACGAGGACGCGCUGCAUGUUAACUGGAUGUGGCUGCAUCAAGGCCCACCGCGUCGCUGUGAAUGUGGCCACUGGUUUAAGCUGGUCGAGAAGGCGCCUAUAUAAUAUACUUAUGAAUGAGAUAGUGUACUGAUUUCAACAUAGAAUUAAUGUUACAUUAGACUGUAAUUAUUAUUUUCACUUAUCACCAUACUCUCCUUGUACCCUGUCCAAUAAAUAAAUGGAUUGUCCGUUA